AUGCCCACCACGCAAAAUCGACCUUCGAAUUUAGUGCCUAGCACACCCGCUGGUGCAGCGGGAUCUAACUAUAAUAACAGGAUGUUCAGAGGAGCUAGUGCCCGAGACCAGAAAGGUGAAGAGCCGCAAGACAUCAGCAAUAGAUUCUUCUUUGCGCGGUCGAAAGAG